AUGAAGUGGGCUCUCGUCAUCGCCGGUAUCUCCGACUUCCAACGUCCUGCUGAGAAGCUCUCCCUCACCCAGAACGGCGCUCUCAUGGCCACCGGUGCCAUUUGGACCCGCUGGUGCUUGAUCAUCAAGCCUAAGAACUACCUCCUCGCUGCUGUCAAUUUCUUCCUUGGAUGCGUUGGUGUUGUCCAGGUUACCCGUAUCUUCAAUUACCGCCGUACUCUAGACGGCUCCUCAAAAGCGGCCGUGAAAGAUUUGGAGCAUGAGAUUGUUGAUGAGGCGAAGGCUGUUGCCCACGAGGCCGCUGUGGUUGUGAAGAAGUCUACUUAAACCCUAUAGAUUUCGUAGGAUGCGAACCGUCGACCGGGCGUAUCCACCAUCAAUGCAUUACACCAAUUG